ACUUGCAUAAGAAUGGUAGAAUGUACGUAAGUCAGUGUAUGUGUAUGAGUGUGUAUGUGAGUAGGUAAUAAAAGGUAUUUAUUGAGGGGCCGCGUUGUUGCACAGACGUAAGCAGCUGAUAGGGUCUUCUAAACAACUCGAGCGGCAACUGAUAUAGAGAACAAACAAACCCAAAGAGGAGCAAAACAGAUAUUUAGAUAGUAGCACUCGAAAGAAGUGGAGAAGGUGUUUUAGAAUUGCAAGGUAAACGCGCUGUAUGUACAAAUGUGUUUGCUUAUAUGUGAUUCAUGUUGGUGUGUAUAUUUGUAAGUACCCAAUAGCAAUAUCAUGAAUACCAAUUCCAAUUCAAGGUGAUAAGAAGCGACUACUUUAAAUCGUCAUAUCUUCAUAUAUGUACGUAUAUAUGUAUGUAUGUAUAUACAAACAUAUAAACGUAUAUGCAUUAAUAUCUUUUGAAUAUGAAACAAUCUUACUGCCACCACCUCCUCGAUAGCGCAUCUGGACUUGGGUCGACAGAAAGGCGGUAAACAUUGUGGUUUUACCGUAAAAGCGGUGCGGUUGUGCUAUUAAACGGCUCGGAGUCAAAUUGUGUAAAUAUAUAAGAAAGAAAUAUACAUAUGUAUAUGCAUACAUGAAAGUUACUACAUAUAUACAUAUGUAUGUAUGUAUGUGCAAAUCAUUAACGCGCAGCUUUUAAUUAGAUGAAUUAUUUUGCUUUAAAUCGCUAAAUCUAAUUCUAUGUAAAUACGUCAAAUAUAUAAUAAUAUUUGUAUAUAAUACAAGUAUAUAAAAAGUUAAUAAAAGUCUAAAGCCAAAUUAUAGCAAUUCGAAGACACGUGCAAAAAACUGAAAAAAAUUUGAAAUUUAUUUAUUACUAAAAAGAAUAUAAAAGAAAAAUAAAAUUAAAACCGAAAAAAAACCAAACGUUCAAAAUUAAAAAAAAAAAACCAAAAAACAUAUUAAUAAUUAAAAUAAAAAUUAAUUAAUCGCGCACUCCUCCAAAUACCGACGGCAAUUCGUGCACAUAUACGAGUACAAACAAUACCGUCGGCACAUAUUUAUGUACAUAUUCGGUAUUCUGUAUGUGCGCGCAUCCUUUGAACGCCAUUAAAACCAGUGUCAAGUCAGUCUCAAAGGCUGUAAAGUGAAUACAUACCUGCCUACGCACAUACCCACACACAUAAGUGUUAAUUUCAUUGCCGAUGCUCAUUUCCGUGCGUUGUGCGCGUGUAUGUGUGCGCCCGUGUAUGUCAAUAGAUAAUUACAAAAUUUGUUGAUGUUUGUGUGGAGUAGUUUGCAUUAUAUUAGCAUUACAAUAGUAAACGUGUUGCAUUAGCAAUGAUGCAAACUUUGAAACCGCCACCACCACUACUACAACACCACCAUCAACACCAGCCGCCGCCGCAGCCACAGCCGCAGCCUCAUUCGUCAUUGGCCUCGUCAUUGUUUAGUAGCAGCAACAUUUCUAUUAUGAAUAAUCAUAUCCAUCAGCAGCAGCAACAACAACAACCACAUCCUCUGCUGCAUAAUCAUCAAAAUCCACAAACGAUGAUGCAACAACCGCAGCCCAGUCACCUAGUACCUCCUUUGCCUACGCUGCCAACGCUGCCUAUAUUGCCGCCGCUGCCGCCUACACUGACGCCACAGGCUACCACAAUAAUGAAUAGCAGCAUAGGUAAAGCUAUUGGUAGUAGGAGUAUUCUACAGCAUAAUCACAAUUCCACAAGUCAACAGCAGCGGCAAGACAACAAUAACCUGACUGUUGCCGGUGUCCAUCUUGACGAUGAACCAAAUCCUGAAAUGGUGCUCGCUUUGAUCUCAAGGAAUCGUGCGCUCGAGGCUACUAUACCGAAAUGCGGAGGCUGUCAUGAACUUAUACUAGAUCGUUUUAUAUUGAAAGUGUUGGAGCGAACGUGGCAUGCGAAAUGUUUGCAAUGCAGCGAAUGCCACACCCAACUAAAUGACAAGUGCUUCUCGCGGAAUGGUCAACUUUUCUGUAAAGAAGACUUUUUUAAGCCUACUAGACGAUAUGGAACAAAGUGUUCCGCAUGUGAUAUGGGAAUUCCACCAACGCAAGUGGUACGGAGAGCGCAAGACAAUGUCUACCAUUUACAAUGUUUUCUAUGUACAAUAUGCUCUCGAACACUAAAUACCGGUGAUGAAUUUUACCUUAUGGAAGAUAGAAAACUAAUAUGUAAACGUGAUUAUGAGGACGCGAAGGCGAAAGGACUCUACUUAGAUGGCUCAUUGGAUGGUGAUCAACCAAAUAAACGACCUCGUACAACAAUUACAGCAAAACAAUUAGAAACACUUAAAACAGCCUACAAUAAUAGUCCUAAGCCUGCGCGACAUGUACGAGAACAACUAUCACAAGAUACCGGACUGGACAUGCGAGUCGUUCAAGUUUGGUUUCAAAAUAGGAGAGCGAAGGAGAAACGACUGAAGAAAGAUGCUGGAAGAACGCGAUGGAGUCAAUAUUUCAGAUCAAUGAAGGGUAACUGUUCUCCGCGUACGGAAAAAUUCCUCGACAAGGAUGAAUUGAAAGUGGACUACGACAGUUUUAGUCACCAUGAUUUAAGUAACGAUAGCUACAGUACGGUCAAUCUAGGUUUAGAUGAAGGUGCUUCACCACAUAGUAUAAGAGGAUCUUAUUUGCACGGUAGUUCCAGUCCACCGCAAUAUCCUACUAGUCGAUCACCACCACCUGUGGGGCACAAUCACUCAUUUGGUUCAUAUCCCGAUAAUAUUGUUUAUACAAAUAUAGAACACAAUACAUCAUCGAAUAAUGUGAGCGCGUCGAAGGCACAUCGCGUACAUGGCAGCGCAGUUUCGGAUUUGAGCAAUGAUUCUAGUCCAGAGCAGGGCUAUCCUGAUUUUCCACCAAGUCCUGACUCCUGGCUGGGCGACUCAGGGAACACAUCGAAUCCGAAUUCGCAAACACCAGGCGUUCAUUACUGAUACUCGUACACACGCAUAUUGCUUAAGUACUUGCAAAUGCGCAACUACUCGUACUGGCGCGCCAAACAGCAUGAUCAUGAAUACAAAUGCACACACAAAAUCCUAUAACAUUAAAUACUAAUUGCUAUACAAAUAAAUUAAAUAAAUACAUGUAUAUACAUACGUACAUACAUGUGCGUGUGUGUGUUUAUGUAUAAUUAAUAAAAUAUUCUCGCAUUUUACGGCAAACUCUAUUACACUUAUUUAUUUACACAGUAUUUUUAUUUUGUAAAUUUUAAUAUUAUACAAGUAUAUGUGUGUACAUGUAUAUUUGUAAAAAUGUAUAUGUAGAUGUUUUUUGUAUGUAAGUAUUUGAAACAAAAUGUAAUUGCUCAAAAAGCCGUAUUUUAAUUUAAAAACUAUUCAUGUUAAUUUUCUUAUGUAUUUCUUCAUAAGAAAUCAAGUGAUUUCAAUUUGUUCAUGAGUAAAAAAAAACAACAAAAUUCAAGGAAAAUGUGUUACAAUUUGUUCGAAACAAUAAAAAUCCACGUAAUAUAUAAAUGUAAAUAUUGUACAUACAUAUAAGUAAACAUUAGGUAUUCGUGUAAAAUAGAAAGCAUUUAAACUUAAUGAGAAUAGGCAAAUUAUUUAUUAAAACAUAUGCUUUAUACAAACUAGUAAAUAUCAUUUACGAGAAAGUGAUGUCAUGUUUAUAUCUACAUGAUUACCUAAAAACUAUUUGACACACAACAAAAAAUAAAGAAAACUGUUAAGAAUAAUGCA